UCGCAUGGCGUCAAAGUACAAUAAUUCUGUUCAUCAUGCUUGAUAUAUUGAAUAGUGAAAACUUUAAACGUAUAUUGGUGUCCACUGUAAGUGAUUUUCUGGUGAUAAAAAGAUAAUUCAUUCAAUCAUGAUUUGAAUGUGAUGUUCCCAAGUGAGUGAUACGUGGGACGACGUCUUUAAGAGAGCUGAAAGGGGACUCACAUCUGUUUUCUCUUGGUUGAAAACAAGUCUUUUGAGCCUAAACAUCGCUAAAACUAAAUACGUACCGUUUACCCCCACAAAUAAAGAUCUACCUUCCAAGAAUAAGCUCAACAUACACAAUUUGCCAAACCCCAAUGAUAUGCACAUGUCCUAUAGUUGAUAAGGUAUCGAAAAUCUCACAACAGAUGAACUCCUACAAAUCACCAGAACCGGUCAUUUUCCAGUGAUAAAUAUGAGCAAUUUCUUCAAAGAUACAAGUGAAACUUCGAAUCGAAAGAAGAGAGAGAGGAAAUCAACUGCUAAAGUUAUUGCUAUGAAAGAAAUGAUGGGGGCGGGUAAAACCAUUGUCAAGAAGAAGAAUAUUAUUUCAAAUUCUGGCAAAAACAAGACACCUUAUUAUGUCAAGUAUCAUGAACGUAAAGAUGGGAUUUUGAUAAAAACUUUCAGAUGCUCAAAAUGUGCCGCUUUUAUAUCCGCGGAUUCUAAAGCAUGUGGGAAAUGUAUUGCCAAAAUGAAUGAGAAUUCGGAUUCAGGUAAUAUCAGUAAAAUCAACGUACAAGCAACUAAGACGAAUGUAGUGACAAAGGUUAAUACUAAGAUCAGUAGUGAAAAUAUGAAGUCAAAAACUCCUAAAAAAAUCUUGAAAGAUGGAGCAAAAAAUAAAAAAGGGGUUACUUACAAAAUAAAUGUUACAAAGAAAAUCAAAACGACAAAAGCUCCAAAACCACCUCUCUCAGUUAAAUCCACUCAGAAAAAAGCAUCAACUGCCAGCUGUCCAAAGAAAUCAAGUGGAAAUUUGAAAAAUCAGUCACUCAUAAAGACCAAAUCAAAAUUAGAGAAACUUCAGAAAGUUGUUGGAUGCCCAACAUUGAAACUUCCCAAAGAAAUCAAACCAAAACCACCAAAAUCGGUUCAGAAACCUCGAACUAGCGUGACAGAAACACAAGUUACAGUUGCAAAAAAACCAAUGGUAAUGAAAAAUGUCGGUGUUAUGAAUAUUGAGGAUUUCUAUCGCAUUGAACAUAAGUUGAACUUACCAAAAAAAGAAGUUAUUCCAAGAAAACCCACUCUCAUUAAAGUGAGUCUUCAGCCGAAAAGAAAAAAUGAUUCUCAGUUUGACAGUGAUAAAAAAUCUAACGCGUUAGAAGGUGUAGUAAAGAAAUGUAGAACGGAAAACAUACCACCAAAGGUACGAAAAAUUCAUACAGGUAAUGAAAAUAAAAUACAGAAAAAUGAACCCAUGAAGUUAAUGAAUCAAUUCGGACAAAACUUCCAGACUGGAACUACUACUACUAUUAAACCUGUUAUUGCAUCAGUUGUGCCGAUGAAGAGUGAUGAACCAACUGAAGAAGUGAGAAAUCAGAAAUCGGCAAAGCAGACUAUCAAAGUGGUUGAUCCUAUUGUAGAAGUGAGAGGAGUACAAGAAAAUGAAACAACUAACAAAGAGAAUUUGCCGGAAAGUAAAGAUUCGUUUUUCAGUUAUUUGAAUCUUGAACAGAAUAAUAAAGAAGAAUUUUCUCUAUCUCAGACAGAACCCAUAGUGGAAGACCCUGUAGAAAUUCCAGGCACCAACAUACUUGCAAAAGAAUGUUUUAGAGGUUUCUUUAAUAGUCCCAAUAUAGAGAUAAUAGAAGAAAAAGAAAAGAAUGAAAAUAAUUUGGAAACCAAAUAGAUUGUAUGGUAAUCUUUGGUAUCGAAGGAAAGAAAUGAAAACGAUUUUUUCACACAUAAUAACAGCAUGAUCACAAUAUGACAAGAACCAAUUCCUUUUAGCAGAAUUGCAACAAUUUGUAUUCGACAUACCACUUAUCAUUUUAUUCAUUUGGUAUUGUUUGUAUCUCAUCCCUAAUCGUUAGGCUAAUAACAACUUGUAUACUUUCAAGUUGCCUAGUUGCUGUUUCUAAUUAUAUAUGAAGAAGUGAAAAAAGAGUUCAAUAAGUAUAAUUUGGAACCUUCAACGUGAAAUGAAUCGAUUGAAAACACCAGAACACCAGAACAGAAAUGCUGUCACUCGACGCGUGUUUCGCUAACCAAGUUAGCACCAUCAGGAGAUAGCUACUUCUCACAACUAUGUUAAUGCAUCUAAAUGAAAAUUACUUUGCAUAAUGAGGGUUAUCAAAUUAAUUCCUAGUACCUAAUCUUCACCUGUUUUCUAUCUGUAAUUACAAUAGAGUGGAAAUAAUGGGCUGUUUGGAAUGGGACCUUGAUCACCUUUCAUACUCCUCAUUCCACAUUUUUCGAUUUUUGAACUUUCAAAGGCAUCUAAAAACUUGUCCUGUAAAGGUCUCUAUAAUGUCAAGAAUAUCUGGCUUAUUCUGGGGUCGUUCUCUAUGGCAUUUUGAGCAAUACCGAACUUCUUUGGUCUAUGAAACCGAAUUUGUGAAACAUGUUCCUUGUAGUGAAAUAUUAUAGUUUGCUCACUGCAAGUUAGGUAGUAAAUAGUAAUAAGUUGAUGAUUACUUGUUUACCAGAAGGCGCGUCGAGAGACAGCAUUUUCGUUCUAGUGAGAGAAAAGUGUUUUCAAUAGAACAAAGGAUUGCUUUUUUCGAUAACUUAUUUUUUCUGCCCAAUGUUAUAGUAUACCUGUGGAUAAAAAAAUGUAACCCUGAGAGAAAAUGCUCUAGUUCUGUUAUUUUGAAAUAAUAUUUUCAUUUCAUUUAGAUACUACUCUCGUAUCAAAAACUGUUUUCGACAUGAUGAAAAAAUUCAAUCUUUUUUUGUAGUAACAUAUUUGUCUCCAUAGCGAAUUAUUUUUUUUGUUCAAGUUCGUAUGUGAAUUCUACACAAAAUCUUUUAUAUUUUGUUUUAUAUUUUUACUGUGAAUUCUUGCGUCAUAAAUAAAUGUAGUUUCAGAUGACAA